CAGUGUCUCCUAUUUGUAUGUGCGACAGGUUUUUCGUCAUUUGCAAACUAUUUUCUAGAGGCAGGGAGUUGAUCAAGUAUUAACGGUAAUGACGAGAUUCAGCGUAUUUAAAAGUAUUAUCUGGUCAAAAGAUUCAAUACGAAGGGAACGAGCAGAUUCGUUGUGGUUUUCAGAAUUCAGUGUUGUCUAAUGGAAACAUUUUCAAGAAGAGCGCAAUGCGUUGAUCAAACGUGACAACUUUGAUGAAUGUGCACCGGUCACAAUUAGUUGACAGUUGAUAAUUACGGUAAUCAGAUGUAUAUCAGGACACUAUAUACCUGAUUAUCCAGAGGGCAUAUACUUAGGUAUGUGCUCGUGAGAGUUCCAUGUACUUCGCACAAGGAUUUUUAAGGAAAGGACUCUUCGUACAAUACCUGAGGACACAUGUCUGUAGAAAUGCCUAUCGAACUGGUAAAAAAACAGCAUGCCAAAUAUUUCCAAAGGUUCCUGCAUAUGGUGCCCGGUCAAUUGGCUUCCUUCGAUUUCACAAGACUGAUGUUUGCAUUUUUCGCCAUAUCUGGACUGGAUAUGCUCGAUGCUCUCGACGAUCUCAGUCCCGAUCGGAAGAUCGAAGCUAUAGAAUGGAUUUAUAGGCUUCAAAUCGAAGAUGCAGGUCCAAGAUCGGGGUUUCAGUCAUCCACGACUUUGCCCAAGGAAGUUGCGGAGUACCAAUGUGGCCACUUGGCUAUGACAUAUACUGGCUUAGCUACUCUAUUAGUCUUAGGGGAUGAUUUACGUCGAGUCAAUAGAAAAUCUAUUAUAGAAGGAAUUCAGGCGUGUCAGAAUCCUGAUGGAUCUUUCACUGCUGUAGUAGCUGGUUACGAGAGCGACAUGAGAUUUUUAUAUUGUGCUUGUUGUGUAUCAGCAAUUUUGGACGAUUGGUCGGGAAUUAAUAAGCCAGCGGCUAUUAAUUAUAUUGUACAAAGCAUUUCUUACGAUGGUGGAAUUGGUCAAGGUCCAGGAUUAGAAUCUCAUGGAGGAUCUACAUUUUGUGCCGUAGCAAGUUUGUUUCUUAUGAACGAGCUAGACAAUAUUUUGUGCAACGAACGCUUGAAUAGGUUGAGGUAUUGGUGCCUUAUGAGGCAAGAUGACGGUUUCCAUGGAAGGCCUGGUAAACCAUCAGACACUUGUUAUAGUUUUUGGAUCGGAGCUACCUUGCGGCUUCUUGGUGUUGGCGAGUUAUCAGAUUCGGAAAAAAAUAGGACGUUUCUGUUAGACACUCAGGAUACUUCGACGGGAGGAUUUAGCAAGUUCAAGUUCGCAGAACCAGAUCCUAUGCACACUUACUUGGGUUUAUGCGGGUUGAGUCUUAUAGGAGAGCCAGGGCUACAAGAAAUGUACGCUGCUUUGAAUAUAUCUCAGAGAGCAUACGCCCAAUUACGAGACAUUCACAAAAGGUGGAGGAACGAAUGAUUUCCAUAAUUAGCGACAUUAAUUUUUAUAACUCAUAUCAAGCGCACAUGAACUGGAUUUUUUGAGCCUAUGCAAUUAACUACACCGUACAAUUACGUGCAAAGCGUUACUCGUACAAUCAAAAAGCAGCCAUUCUACAAGAGUCAAUUACCUCUGGCUUACUUUCCCAAACAUCCAGUAUUUUAUAUGAUUUUGAAGAAGCUUAAUUGAUCAUUUACAACACAAUUUUUUCAAACUUGUUAUCAUGUUUGUCACGAUCCAUGGGAACGAACACUCCCUGCUGUAAGGGCAGACUCCCGUGCAAACUGUAAGAAUAAUUUCUAAAAGGAAAUACACUCUUCGUGUUAUAGAAUCCAA